AUACUACUAUUAGUAUAUUACUAGCUAUAAGCUUUAUAGUUUGUGCAAUUUUAAGUUACCAACAAAGUACUAGGUAGGAAUUGGCUAUUAUUGAGAUGGAUGGUGGUGAUGGUGGUGGUGAAGUUGUUGUGUUUAUGGCAACUGAUAGCCAUAGUCAAGGCAGUCAUUCCUUAGCCUCAGAACAUUCCAACUCCAACACUACACUUGAUAAUAAGAAAGUUCUUAAAAAGCCUCUACAAUCAACUAAUUCUCUUAGAAAAAGAGCAACCCUACGUCGUUUAAGUUUCUCCAAACCUAAAUCUCGAAAUAUUGAGUAUAAUCUCCGGUCCAAAAUCGAUCAAUUCGACGCAAAUCAAACCAUAUGGGAACAAGAAUCCCAACAGGAAGAUCGUAAGAGUGAUAGUAGCUCUGACUUCUCAUCUACCUCCUCGUCUGAAGAUUCAGACGAGAAGGAGGAAGAAAAAGGCGGAAGUCAUAAAUACCACAAAACAAAAAAAAGAAGAAAAAAAGUGAACUGGAGAAGAGUAGGUGAGUGGUCAAUAUUCGUUACAAUAUUGACUUGUUUGAUCCUUUCGCUGACUAUAAAAUCGCUACGACACCGUCUUACCUUAGGAUUGGUGCCGUGGCAGUGGUGUUUGAUGGUGAUGGUGGUGUUUAGCGGCCGCCUUUGCUCGGGGUGGCUAGUGAGUUCCUUGGUGUUUGUGAUAGAAAGAAAUUUUAUGCUAAGAGAAAAAGUGUUGUAUUUUGUGUAUGGGUUAAGGAGAAGUAUACAAAAUUGUGUAUGGCUUGGACUAGUGUUAUUGGCAUGGACAUUUAUGUUUAAUGCACAAAUGCACCAAAAUAAUAGGGUGGUUAAAAAGGUGUACCAAUUAUUAGUAGCUGUUCUAAUUGGGGCAACAAUAUGGUUGAUCAAGAUUGUUUUGGUAAAGACUCUUGCCUCCUCUUUUCAUGUGAGGACUUAUUUUGAUCGUAUGAAGGAAAGUGUUUUUCAUCACUACAUACUCGAUACACUCUCAGGACCACCCAUGGAUGAAAUUCAAUGGGAAGAAGAACAUAAAAAAACAAUAAAAGGAUCAAAAUCACUACCUACAAAGUGGAAGAAGGAUGGAAAGAGUGCAUUACGAGCAAAGAAACAAGGAACAAGAAAGUUGGACAUGCAGGAUAAGUUGAAGAAGCUAAGCAUGGAAAAACCAAGUUCAAUAUGGAGUCUAAAAAGGUUAAUGAAUUAUAUUAGAUCUUCAGGAUUAUCCACUAUUUCUAAAACUGUGGAUCAAUUUGGUUCAGCUGAAUCUGAGAUUACUAGUGAGUGGGAAGCCAGAUCUACUGCUAAAAGGAUCUUUAGGAACGUUGCUAAACGUGGUGCCAAGUACAUUGAUGAGGAAGAUUUGGCAAGGUUCUUAAAGAGAGUUGAGAUUCAUACAAUAUUCCCUCAUUUUGAAGGCGCGCUUGAGACUGGAAGGAUCACCAAGUCUUCCUUCAGAAAUUGGGUGGUACGAGCAUACUUCGAAAGAAAGGCCUUAGCACAUUCUCUAAACGAUACAAAAACAGCAGUGCAACAGCUUCACAAAAUGGCUUCAGUCAUUGUAAGUGUGGUUAUCCUUGUGGUUUUCCUUUUGGUCAUGGGCUUAGCAACACCCAAAGUCGUCGCCUUUGUCAUCACACAAAUGGUAGUCCUCGGUGUCAUCUUCCACAACACUUGCAAAACCAUCUUCGACUGCAUUAUUUUCGUCUUUGUCAUGCACCCUUUCGACAUUGGAGAUCGUUGCAAAAUCGAUGGUGUUCAGAUGAUCGUAGAAGAGAUGAAUAUACUAACUACAGUUUUCCUGCGGUACGACAUGGAGAAGAUUUACUAUCCGAACUCAGCUCUACUGAGCAAACCGAUCAGUAAUUUCUACCGAAGUCCAGAAAUGUGGGAUUCUAUUCCUUUCACGAUUGAUGCCUCGACUUCAAACGAAACAAUAAACGCCCUCAAGAAAGCAAUACAAAUCUUUAUUGAUAGCAGGCCAAAUUACUGGAAUUCCAAAUACAGUUUCAUAGUAACCGACAUGGAAAACCUCAACACAAUGAAGAUUUGUAUAUCGGUGCAGCACACAAUCAACCACCAAAACAUCGCUGAACGAAACAUUCGCUUGACAGAACUUAUCUUAGAGUUGAAGAAAAACUUCGAGCAACUUGGUAUCAAAUAUCAUCUCCUUCCACAAGAAGUCCACCUUACUCAAUUCAACAUCAAUUCGUCGAUGCCCAACCACCCAAGAGAUGAUGUUACUACUAUGUAAAUACAAAUCCGCUUCACUAAAACCUUUGGUAUCAUCGUUUUAUGUGUUAUGUUGUUCGGAUUCGGGUACUCAUGUCAAACAUGAACUUGUAUCGAAAAAUAUCGUGUUAUUCACGAAAAUUUCCCUUUUUUGAUCUAAAGAAAAGUACCGAGCGUGCAUCUAUCAGCGUCAAUGAUUUGGCACGUGUAAUAGAAGUGAAAUGAAGAGUUGAAGUAACAUACUUUGAUA